AACCGCGAUUAGAUAUUUCGUGGCCAACGUUCAUUCGCGUGUUCUGUACUGUUAAUAAAACGAUCCAAACUGGUAGCGUUUUUACGCGUUGCUCGUUACGUUACGUAAUAUAAUAAUAAAUAACUAACUAACGUAAUGAGACUGAUUGAGAAAGUGUUUAACCCUACGGGGAAGCACGUCGGAACCUUGAUUUUCUUGCAUGGAUCCGGCGAUACUGGCAAUGGGCUGACGGAGUGGAUUCGUUUUCUGCUCGGUCGUGAUAUGGAGUUCCCGCACAUAAAGGUCAUCAUUCCGACCGCUCCCGUCCAGCCCUACACACCGAUGGGAGGUGAGAACUCUAACGUAUGGUUCAAUCGGAAGCGCAUCGAAAUGGACUGUCCCGAGAUCCGCACUUCGCUGGCCUCGAUCUACGACACCGUGAAUGAGCUGCUGGUGCGUGAGAUGGCUGCCGGAGUGCCGCUCGGGCGCAUCAUAAUCGGUGGCUUUUCGAUGGGAGGUGCCCUGGCCCUACACACCGCUUACCACCUAAACCGCGACUUGGGCGGUGUGUUUGCGAUAUCAUCAUUCCUCAACACUGGCAGCAUAGUUUACGAUUCUCUCAGUUGCGUAUCGCCUGAUGACCGGCUGCCGGAACUGCUGAUGAUGCACGGUGAACGUGACACGCUCGUUCCGAUCGAAUGGGGCCAAACUUCAUUCGACGAGCUAGCUAAGCUCGGCGUGCGCGGCCAGUUUGUUCCGCACCGUACAGCACUGCACGAGAUCAAGAAAGAUCAACUGUUACGCGUGAUUGAUUGGGUGCAAAAGCUCAUACCGGAACCGACGGACGAUCCGAUGGCGCUGAAAAGUAAGCAAAAGGGAAAGCUAUGAUGCAACGGGAAGUUUGCCGAAGACGUCUACCACGAAGUUCAUAACAACAGUAGAAGCGGAGCUUCUCUAUAGCCAAUGGACAUUGUAAGGAUAAGGAAGCAAUUUAUCCGGAUGGUGCAACGCGGUUACCGGUAGAGUUUGCAUAGAUCGUCAGUAAACAAGCGGCAAGCGCCACUAACGAACAUCGUCGGCGAAAUGAUCUAAAAAUAUCCUAUUCCGAUUGGUGCGUUGUGGUUGUGGUAGUAGCACCCAUCCUAUUAAUAGUGUCGCGUGGUGACUCGUGUUUGGCCCAAUUAGGUGCAAUGCCCUAUCCUCGUGCCGUUUGGGUCAGUUAGUUGAAUUAUAAGAAAAGGGCGCAUUUCAGUUCGGCAUGUGCCUUGCGGGCAGGCGAAAAUAAUUCAAGAAACCACGCAAAUACCAAUAGAUAUGCGCUUCAACUUGAAUUAGAAGCAGUAAAGCAAAAUGAAGAAAUUCUAACUUAAUAAAUUUAUAUUAGACUUCGUAAGGAGUUUAGAAAAGGAAAACUAUCGACCAAAGCAGUGGGGAAUUUUUACCGAAAGUAGGCAACUGAUGUGCAGUUGGUAGUGAGUGUUAUACGUUAUUGUACCGAAACACGACA